GGAGGAGUUUGGGAGGUGUUGGGGGGAUGGUUGGGGAGCUUAGGGGGGGACUGGAAGAAGUAAAAGCCGGGGUAGAGGCUAUCGCGACAAGACUGAAAAGCACGAUCGAUGAGAUCGACCAAUUACUCGCCGAGAAAGCCACAGUACGGGCUGAUAUGAAACUCGCACGAUCGUUGAUGGGGUAUGCGCAAGCACUGGAAGAGUUGGAGACAGACCUACAGAUAUCAAGUCCGAAUGGGGCGCAGAACCACGUCAAUCGUUCGGCGGAAAGUAAUACCUCGCUAGACCGACUCCAAGGCCUCGCACAAUCUUUCAGCUACCUCACCUACCUCCGCCAAAAAAUCCCACAAGACCACCCAUUCCUUGCGGCGUAUCAAGCACGGUUCGACAGUGUCGAGGCGACGCUCAUGGCGGAUCUUGCGGCAGGGUUGAGGGAGGCGGCGAAGUCUGAUACCGACAAGACCCGGUUAAUGGGGAUUUUGAAGGCGUAUAGGGAGCUUGGAAGGCCGGGGGAGGCGAUGGGGGUGUUGCAGAGUAUACGAUGAGAUUGAAAAAGGAAGAAUGAAGGGAGGGUAAGGGAUGUGCAUUUUGAUUUUGGCGUUUUGACAUUGGGGUGGAGUUCAUUAGGGCAUUUCUUCAAUAUGUAGACGACACCCACACAAGGGUCAA